CGCAACUCAAAAUCACAGUCAUCUGAUCAUUUGACACAAAUCCCCAUGGCGGCGGCUGCGGCAUCAUCGCUAACACCUCCGCCGGAGGUGCCUAUGAAAUUACACGUGCUUAACCGGAAUAAACUUAUCAAUGCUCUCCGAGACCAGCUCUCCGCCUCCUCGCGUCCUCAUCUUGGUUUCGUUCUUCUCCAGGGCGGCGAGGAACAGACUCGCUACUGCACUGAUCAUGCCGAACUCUUUAGACAGGAGAGUUAUUUUGCAUAUUUGUUUGGAGUGCAGGAGCCUGGUUUCUAUGGAGCCAUUGAUAUUGCAACGGGGAAAUCAUUUCUUUUUGCUCCUAGGCUACCUACUGAAUAUGCUGUAUGGCUGGGAGAAAUAAAGCCAUUAUCCUACUUCAUGGAAAGGUACAUGGUUGAUUCAGCAUUUUAUACUGACGAGAUUGUAACAAUCCUGCACAAUCAGUCCCAGGGUGUUGCGCAACCCUUAUUGUUUCUUUUACAUGGUCUCAACACUGAUAGUAAUAAUUAUUCGAAACCAGCAGAAUUUGGGGGAAUUGAGAAGUUUGAAAUUGAUCGUAACACCUUACAUCCUAUUUUGACCGAAUGUCGUGUAUUGAAAACAAACCUGGAGCUUGCAGUCAUCCAAUAUGCUAAUGAUAUAAGCUCUGAAGCUCAUGUUGAGGUGAUGAAAAAUGUAAAAGCUGGUAUGAAGGAGUAUCAGCUGGAAAGCAUAUUUCUUCACCACACCUACAUGUAUGGAGGCUGUAGGCAUUGUUCAUACACAUGUAUUUGUGCUACUGGUGGAAACAGUGCUGUACUUCACUAUGGUCACGCAGCAUCUCCUAAUGACAGGGCUUUCGAGGAUGGAGACAUGGCAUUGUUAGACAUGGGAGCUGAAUUUAAGUUUUAUGGCUCUGACAUUACUUGUUCUUUCCCAGUAAAUGGGAAAUUUACAAAUGAUCAACGCCUAAUCUAUCAAGCGGUCCUGGAUGCUCACGAUGCAGUUAUAUCAAGUAUGAAACCUGGAGUAAGCUGGGUAGAUAUGCACAAACUGGCAGAGAAAGUCAUUCUAGAAUCCCUGAAGAAAGGAGGUCUCCUUGCUGGUGAUGUUCAUGAUAUGAUGGCGGAGAGAGUGGGUGCUGUUUUUAUGCCUCACGGCCUGGGCCACCUCUUAGGAAUAGAUACUCAUGACCCUGGAGGCUACUUAAAGGGAGCAGAGAGACCCAAAGAACCUGGAUUAAAGUCUUUACGUACAAGUAGAGAACUUUUGGAGGGGAUGGUGGUAACAGUGGAGCCUGGUUGCUACUUCAUUGAUGCUCUAUUAGUUCCUGCAAUGAAAAGCCCAAACACUUCUAAAUUCUUCAGUUCGGAGAUCAACAGGUUUAGAGGUUUUGGUGGAGUUAGAAUUGAAAGCGACGUGUAUGUUAACGACCAUGGAUGCUUGAACAUGACUAAAUGUCCCAGGGAGAUAAGUGAAAUUGAAGCUGUGAUGGCAGGUGGUCACUGGCCAAUUAAGAAGUCCAUUUAUUUUGAAUGAAGUUUGUUAACUUUCUUAAUGCUGUUAUUGUCACUAUUAUAUUGAUAUAUUUCUUCAAAAUAAUACAAGAACUCGAAUUCUAUGGGGAGACAUAGCUUGUGCUGCGGGAGUGGGACAGAGGUAUCGCACCACAACACUGUGGUUUAGAAACUGCUGUUAAAUUGUUUUGCUUUUGACCUAAACUAGUACUCUUGUAGAAGUAUGAGCAAUAAGUGGCAUCCGAAACUGGAACUACAAUAAAUUUGGCAUAAAAAUGCUUUUCAACUGUC